AUCAGGUUGUCUUUCAGUGCUGAGCAUCAAGUUUUCAUCGCCACCUACAGUCUACCAAUACGCUCACAAGCUGUCCCCGAACUCUCUCACAGCGUCGACUCUCCCUCCUCCUCGUCUGAUCAUGAGAAAUGCGCGAUUGGUGUCACCAAGCAUUCUGGCAAGGCCUCAGAGAAGGAGCAUCUCCAAGAAACUCGGUCGUUUAAUACUGGGUCCCUCACCAUCGUUGUUCGCGGUUUGACACGCUCACAAGAUUGUCAAACCCGCCCUCUGCUAUCACCUCGCAGAUCCCUGGCUGCUCUCUCUGGGUCCAGCCAUUCCUCGGCUACCAAAAGUAUUCAGGCAAGCGAGAAGACCUUGGGCGGCCUCGAAUCCGACAAGGAGUCUCAGGGCAACGUGCGGACAACUUCUCAGCCUCCCGUACAAAGGCACAACGAACCCCCCGUCGGCGACUGCAAGACCAAAGGCCCCCCCAAAAGCGACGUUACCUCGAAUCGUCGCCAGAAUCCUACAAGCCAGUCGGAAGCCUUUCUCCACCAAAACUCAAACACCGACUGCGUUGACGAAUGCGCAAUUGAUGAUGAUUCCGAGUGGAAAGACUCGAUCAAGAAAGAGAAAAAGUCUGGCGUUGACGAGAAGACUGUCUUCCAACGUGUCGAAAUCAACGAUAAGGCGACCUCGCAUUGCUCUCUUAUUUCCAUGAUGAUCGUUGAGCAGAACAAUCGCGGAGGGGUAGGCAAUAUUGCCUCUCGGUCUACCUCAGUAAUCCCUUGGUCUCGUGACAGCCACCCGGCCCCGUCUACCUUGGCCGUCUCUCUUAACGAUUCCGACGACGCCCCAUUGAUGAUGAAGCGUGGAAACCGCUCGCAGUCUCUGAAGCCUGUCACCGAGGUGCCACGGUCCGCUCGUCGGUCUAUCUCCAAGACUGCUAGCCGCAACUUCCAAGACGUCCUCAUCCCCCGAAACACACGACGAAAAUUGGUAAAGACAGAGCUACCUGAGCCUGUCCGACGGAAUGUGUCUUGGGAGCGCCAACAGAAGUCAGCUACUACCAAUCCAGUGCUCAAGCGCCGUCAUGCCUCCCAUGACGUCGCGAACCUGAAGCAGUAUUCCGAGAUCGCCUGGACCACCACGAGGAAGGAUAGGUCCAUCGAUACCCUAUACUUCGCUGUUCACACGGCCGAUCUCGACGGUUUCAACACAAAGGGAUGGUGA